CAGUGGACCCUAGAACAACGGGUUUGAGCCCCAUGGGUCUAUUUAUUCAUGGAUUUUUUUUUUUUUUUCAUUAAAUACAGUAAAUGUUUUUUCCUUACAAUUGCUUAAGUAACACUUCCUUUUUCCAGGUUUAUUGUAAGAAUGUAGUAUGCAACGUAGGCAGUACAUUGACAAUUGUUUAUGUUAUUGGUAAGACUUCUGGUCAACAGUAUGCUAUUAGCAGUUAAGUUUGGGAGGAGUGGAAAGUCAUAUGUGGGUUUUUGACUGUGGGAAAUUGGCAUCCCUAACUCCCGUGUUGUUGAAGGGUCCACCGUAUAGUUAAAUGUUUUGGGUGACCAUUUUUGUUUUUAUGUACUUGUCACUAUCUGUUUCCUUGACUUUAGCCCCAGGGUGUUUUAUUUGUAUUUUUGUGUUCUCUUUCCUAGAAAGCUUUCGUUUUUUUAGCCAGCUUUAUUGCCUAUUGGUUGGCAUGUGGAAUUGUAUGUAAUACUUUUUAUAAAUAGCUUUAUUCCUGAUUUACCUAAUUUUUAAAUUUACUCAUUUACCAAAAAAAAGUUGGAGGACAGUCUCAGUCCAGAUCAUACUCAUAUAAAGGGAAUGCUACCUGCUGGGGUCAGAUUCUGCAGCUCCAUCAGCCCUGCUGAAAAGCUCCUUGUCACUGGGAGCUUAAAAGUGGUGGCAUUGUGCCUGUGUCCCACCCCCUGCCAUUGUGGUGGUGGUCUGUUUGGAUGGUGGGGGGAGGGGCAUCUGCUUAGAAGAAGCUGCCUGUGCUCCCACCCCUCAGCACGGCUGUGGUGGGCUCUGAACAGGGACAGUGGCAUGGCCCGUGGCUCCAAGCCCCUUACCUUUGUGUUCUCUCCUAGAUCUCAGUCUGGCACAGGCAAAACCGCCACCUUCAGCAUUUCCGUCCUCCAGUGUUUGGACAUCCAGGUUCGUGAAACCCAGGCUUUGAUCUUGGCCCCCACGAGAGAGUUGGCUGUGCAGAUCCAGAAGGGCCUGCUUGCGCUGGGCGACUACAUGAAUGUGCAGUGCCACGCCUGCAUCGGGGGCACCAACGUGGGUGAGGACAUCCGGAAGCUGGACUACGGGCAGCACGUGGUGGCCGGCACGCCUGGGCGGGUCUUUGACAUGAUUCGUCGCAGGAGUCUCAGGACACGCGCCAUCAAAAUGUUGGUUCUAGACGAGGCUGAUGAAAUGUUGAAUAAAGGUUUCAAAGAGCAGAUUUAUGACGUGUACAGGUACUUGCCCCCAGCCACGCAGGUGGUGCUCAUCAGCGCCACACUGCCGCACGAGAUCCUGGAGAUGACCAACAAGUUCAUGACGGACCCCAUCCGCAUCUUGGUGAAGCGUGAUGAGUUGACCCUGGAAGGCAUCAAGCAGUUUUUCGUGGCAGUUGAAAGAGAAGAGUGGAAAUUUGACACUCUGUGCGACCUCUACGACACACUGACCAUCACCCAGGCGGUCAUUUUCUGCAACACCAAGAGGAAGGUUGACUGGCUGACAGAGAAAAUGAGAGAAGCCAACUUCACAGUGUCAUCGAUGCACGGGGACAUGCCACAGAAGGAGCGGGAGUCGAUCAUGAAGGAGUUUCGCUCCGGUGCCAGCCGGGUGCUCAUUUCCACAGACGUCUGGGCCAGGGGCUUGGAUGUCCCCCAGGUGUCCCUCAUCAUUAACUACGACCUGCCCAACAACAGAGAGUUGUACAUACACAGAAUUGGGCGAUCGGGCCGGUAUGGCCGGAAGGGAGUGGCCAUCAACUUCGUCAAGAAUGAUGACAUCCGCAUCCUGCGGGACAUCGAGCAGUACUACUCCACGCAGAUUGACGAGAUGCCCAUGAACGUUGCCGAUCUGAUCUGAAGAGCCAGAGGCGUUGAGGAUGAACUGAGCCUGUCUGAUUCCCCCUCGGGACCUGUUCAGGGCAGUUUCUAUGGAAGGGCAGAUGCACCAACCCUCCUCUUGCUGCCCCCAGGUCACGCCCAGGGUUCUGCCGCCGUUUCUGACCCAUGUAAAUAAUGCUUUGUUCUCGGUCUUUUUCAUUAAACAUUUAAAACGUU